CCGGGGCCGGCCGGGCGGCUGGACGCGGCGAGAGCGGGAGGCCGCGCCGCCGCCCCGCGCCGCCGCCGGGGACCCGGGCGAGAGGCGCCCGCUGCGGGCUCGGCGCGGCCAUGGCGGGCGGCCACUGCGGCAGCUUCGCCCCGGCGGCGGGCAGCGGCGAGAUCGUGCAGCUCAACGUGGGGGGCACCAGAUUCAGUACUUCAAGACAAACGCUCAUGUGGAUUCCAGAUUCCUUUUUUUCCAGUUUGCUGAGUGGAAGAAUUUCAACACUUCGAGAUGAAACUGGUGCUAUAUUUAUUGAUAGAGACCCUGCAGCAUUCGCGCCCAUUUUAAAUUUCCUUCGGACGAAAGAAUUAGACUUACGGGGCGUGAGCAUCAGUGUCCUCAGGCACGAAGCGGAGUUUUACGGCAUCACCCCACUUGUGAGACGGCUGCUUCUGUGCGAAGAGCUGGAGCGUUCCUCGUGUGGCAGUGUCCUGUUCCACGGCUACCUGCCGCCCCCAGGUAUUCCAAGUCGUAAAAUAAACAACCCAGCUAGGUCCCCUGCAGAUCCCAGGAACGGACUAACUGCUGUGGAAGGCGACGCGCGGGCCAGCAGCAGGGAGAACGCCCAGCCUGCUCUCUCUGCGGCGGGGGAAGGGACUGUCAGACUAGGGUUUCCUGUGGACCCCCGGAAGGUGCUUCUGGUGACUGGCCAUCACAACUGGAUCGUGGCUGCCUAUGCCCACUUCGCUGUGUGCUACAGAAUAAAAGAAUCUUCCGGAUGGCAGCAGGUGUUCACCAGCCCCUACUUGGAUUGGACAAUCGAGCGGGUUGCGCUCAAUGCAAAGGUGGUAGGAGGGCCGCACGGUGACAAGGACAAGAUGGUGGCUGUGGCCUCGGAGAGCAGCAUCAUCCUGUGGAGCGUCCAGGAUGGAGGGAGCGGCAGCGAGAUAGGCGUGUUCAGCCUUGGCGUGCCCGUGGACGCGCUCUUCUUCAUUGGCAAUCAGCUGGUGGCCACGAGCCACACCGGGAAGGUGGGCGUGUGGAAUGCUGUCACUCAGCAUUGGCAGGUCCAAGAUGUUGUCCCCAUAACAAGUUAUGACACUGCGGGCUCCUUCCUUCUGCUGGGCUGCAACAAUGGAUCCAUAUAUUACAUAGACAUGCAGAAGUUCCCUUUGAGGAUGAAGGAUAACGACCUUCUCGUGACUGAACUGUACCACGACCCUUCCAACGAUGCUGUCACUGCUCUGAGCGUUUACCUCACGCCCAAAACAAGUGUCAGCGGGAACUGGAUUGAGAUCGCCUAUGGCACGAGCUCAGGAGCAGUGCGUGUGAUCGUCCAGCACCCGGAGACCGUGGGCUCGGGCCCACAGCUCUUCCAGACCUUCACAGUCCACCGCAGCCCCGUCACCAAGAUCAUGCUCUCGGAGAAGCAUCUCGUGUCAGUCUGUGCGGAUAACAACCACGUGCGCACCUGGACAGUGACGCGCUUCCGAGGCAUGAUCUCCACCCAGCCUGGCUCCACGCCCCUGGCGUCCUUCAAGAUCCUGUCUCUGGAGGAGACGGAGAGUCACGGGGGCAGCUCAUCCGGGAAUGACAUCGGGCCUUUUGGAGAACGAGACGACCAGCAGGUGUUCAUCCAGAAAGUCGUCCCCAUCACCAACAAACUGUUUGUCAGGCUCUCGUCAACGGGGAAAAGGAUCUGUGAGAUCCAAGCCGUGGACUGCACGACCAUCUCCUCCUUCACCGUGCGCGAGUGCGAGGGCUCCAGCAGGAUGGGCUCCCGGCCUCGGCGCUACCUGUUCACGGGCCACACCAACGGCAGCAUCCAGAUGUGGGACCUGACCACCGCCAUGGACAUGGUGAAUAAGAGCGAGGACAAGGACGUGGGCGGCCCCACCGAGGAGGAGCUGCUGAAGCUGCUGGACCAGUGUGACCUCAGCGCCUCCCGCUGCGCCACGCCCAACAUCAGCCCCGCCACCUCCGUGCUGCAGCCCAGCCGCCUGCGCGAGUCCAGCUCCAGCCUGCAGCUCCAGCACCACGAGACGGUGCACGAGGCAGCCACGUACGGGUCGGUGAGGCCCUACCGAGAGAGCCCGCUGCUGGCGCGGGCGCGGAGGACGGAGAGCUUCCACAGCUACCGGGACUUCCAGGCGCUCGGCCUGGGCAGGAGCGAGCGAGCCGGCCCGGACGGCGGGGGCCCGGCGCCUGGGGACGGCCCCGCGCCGGAGAGGAGGUCCCCGGGCCCGGAGGGCAGAGGCCCGCGGGAGCCCGACAGCGGGCCGGAGCCCCAGAAAGCGGCCGAAGCCCUCCUCGAGUCCAAGAAGCGGGCGCCCGAAGACGAGAGUGAGAGCAGGGUGGAGGCGAGGCGGAAGGGCGGCUUGGACGGCAGUGGGGUCCUGGGGCGGAGGAAGGGACCCUACCUGGCGUCCUCCCCUAGCACUUCCGACGGAGGCCCCGACUCCCCCGGCCCCGCCUCGCCCUCCCCCACCCGGACCACGCCAUCCCCCCGGCACAGGAAGAGCGAGUCCUCGGGCCCGGAGUACGGGCUGUGAGGGGCACCCGGUGCUGCCCACACUGUCCACGGCAUCUGCUCUACAUCCAGACUGAAGCCAAGCAGCUUCAUUGGUUACCUUUUUGACCUUUUGGGAAAAAAGUUUUGUUUUUCAUUUCCCGAGUACAUUAAGAGAACCUUUCUGAAACAGAUGCCAUCUCAGUGGUCGGCAUCCCGGGGGUGUCUGCACACUGCAGGUGCCGGCCCCUGGGGGCCUGCCCGGGGCCAUUGCCCGGAGAUUUCCUUCCAUGAAUCACAGUCUCUCUGGAACGGAGUCGCUCAGCCCUUCCUGUGAUUGCACAUGUUUACCGGGUAUUUACUGAGGUGCUAUGUUGGUGGGGGAAUAGCAUGUCAUUCAGAAACACUAUUGCCGGUGCAGUCCAGAGUGUGUGUGUAGUGGUAGUCCCUUUGACGAGCUUUGUCUGAGUGCUGGGUCCUUCCCCAUCUCACUGUGGGAGUUCUUGAGCGGUACCGUGUUAGAGACCCAGAGUCCGUUUGAAGUUUUCUUUGAAGUUGUGGUGUUGUCUGUGUGUGACCAGCCAAAAACCGGGGCUAGGCAAGGGCACAGCUCUGCAUGGCCGGAAGGCAGACCUUGGUUUUGUUUCAGGGGCCACCCUGCUGUUUUCCCACCAUGAUUAAUAAUGAAGAUCGUGAAAUUAGAGUGUGGCUAGUUUAUUAAAUUUAUGAGAAUCUCAGUUAUAGGUGUGGGGUGCUGUAAAAAAAGUUAUUUUGAAUAUUUUGAAUUGUAAAAACAAAACCUUUUGUACAUUUUCUUUUACUCAAUUGGAAUGAUUUUCAAGUUUUUGCAAAUCAGGUGAUUGUAAAUUUAAAGCAUUAAGCAUUUACUGGUGAGUAAUGUAUAUAUUCCCAUUCUAAGAAAUGCAGUAGGUGAAUGAAGUGGAAAUAAAUUCUUUGAAGUUUACUAUUAUUACCAGUGAAUUCACAAAGUUCUCUUGUGUAUUUAUUAAGCCAAAUAAAAGUGGUUUCAGUGGG